UUGCCUGCUUCACAGCGGUAAAUUUGACAACAAGCCCUAGCUAGCUACGUGUAUUUCAGGAAGAUCUUUUGUCCCGUUAAUCUGCAAACAAUGACUAAAUUACAAUAUCUGAAUGUAUUUCUAACUGAGCGUUUGAUGCAAGCUGCCGAGGAUAUACUUGGAGUGGUCGGAAACACGAUAUCCGAGUACCAGGAAGAAAUAACCCGGACAAAGAGAGAGAAUCAAUACCUGAAACGACACUUGAUCACACCGGCUCCUCAGCCCAUUGUCUCUUGGGUCUCGGAGCAGCAAACUCCCCCUGAGCAACAGCACUGUGAGCAGGAGUGGAGCCCAAGUCUGGGGCAGAGGGACCCAAAGCCCACACAGAUUAAAGAGGAACAGGGUGAACUCAGGACCCGUCAGGAGGAAGAGCAGAUUCAAGGGCCGGAGGCUGAUACCAAAGAAGACUCCAUAAUCAUUCCUCUCUGUGUGAAAGGUGACUGUGAUCAGGAGCCACCGCAGUCCACACAUCUUCUCCAAACUGUGGAGAACAGAGAGAAGUACUCUCUACUGACCAACACAACUGGACAGAUCAAAACAGAACCUGAUGGAGAGGGCUAUGGAGUAUCACUAUCAGAACCAACCAGUGACUCCCCUCAGUCUCAGCCCCUCUCUGCAGUAAAUCCAGACUGUUCUAGAACACAGAGUGAGAACACUGAAAGUGUACCUGAUGUUCAGAGAGAUCCAGAAAGGAGACCAGAGGAGGACACCCAGACACACUCAUGUACUCAGUGUGGUGCCGUGUUCUGUGAGCUAUCCCAGCUGAAGGCACACAUGCUAUCCCACACAGAACCACACAGUGGUGACACUAGUCACAGGCAAAUCCUCUGCACAGUCUGUUGGAAGUCAUUCACCUCUACCAGUUACCUCAAGGUCCACAUGUGUUCUCACAAUAAAGAGAAGCCCUUCCACUGUGGUGUGUGUGGCAAGAGUUUCAGCUACUCAGGGAGGUUAAAGGAGCACCAGCGCAUCCACACGGGAGAGAGACCGUACCGCUGCCACGUGUGUGGUAAACGCUUCAACCAGUCAGUCCAUCUGAAGACCCACCUGAGGGUCCACACGGGGGAGAAGCCCUACUCCUGUCCUGUCUGCGGGAAAGGAUUCAGUCAGUCCAGCCAUAUCAAGGGACACCUCAGAACUCACACUGAGGGAGGUAGAAGAAAAAUGCCUUGGAGUGGAAAGAGCCCAUAAGAGCCUUCCCAUACCAUAACCACCAUGGGGCACCACCGUUGACAUCAACAAACUGCUCGCCCACAUGAUGCCAUACACGCUGUCUGUCAUCUGCCUGGUACAGUUGAAACCAGGAUUCAUCUGUGAAGAACACAAUUCUCCAGCGUGCCAGUGGCCAUCGAAGGAGAGGCGGUUACCACGCCAAACUGCAGUCAGGUCAAGACCCUGGUGAGGACGAGCACGCAGAUGAGCUUGCCUGAGACUGUUUCUGACCGUUUGUGCAUACAUUAAUUGAUUGCACAAACCCACAGUUUCAUCAGCUGUCCGAGUGGCCGGUCUGACACAGGUAAAGAAGCUGGAUGUAGAGGUCCUGGGCUGGUGUGGUUGCACGUGAUCUGCGGUUGUGAGGCCAGUUGGACAUACUGUGAAGUUUGAAAUGAAAUGUUUGCUAAUAUGGCUGUUAAUGGGGCAAUUGAUGGCUGCAACCACCAGACUAGUAAUAGUAGUUUAAAAUAUAAUACUACUUUUUAAAAAACAGUGGUGCACAUUUAUAAAUGUAUCAUUCUAUUUAUUAUCAAUUCAGGCAAUUUAUCAUAUGGAUUUUUGUUCAUAUAGCCGAGCUCGACCUAUACAUGACGCCAACUUUACCAUAUUAUCCUGGAGGCAUACUUACACUCCCAGUCUCACUGUACAUUCCCUUCAUUUGCGUGAAUGAUCUAUUCACUUUAAACUAAGCAAAAAUCGAAAAGAACUUGUUUAGCAUUGGUCUUCCAUUCUAAACAAAAUGGUUGCUACGCAGGCUGGUUAAUGUUCUUCCCGGUAGCUAGCCAAAUUCAACUAGGGGUGUGUUCAUAAAUUCAAUCUGGAGUGCAAGAGUGCACUUUUGGCAUUGAGAGAACACCUCACUCUGACCAUUUUACUUGCCCUUGCAGAGCUGGUCAGGCUGUUUUUAUGUUAUCCAGAGCAUUGGUGACUAACUGUGCUCCUGGCAACCAUUUAAUGAAGCUUUUUUGCUGAUUACUGACACCUCCCAUAUUCAAGGGGUGUUGAGAGUUCAUAAAUUCAUCAGUUAUUCUGCAAUCUGGCACACUCAGAUGUGAGUGCUCUGAAAUCAGAGUAGAUGGCCAGAGUGAAUUUACGAACGCACCCUAACUCAGUCACGUCAAACAUUGAACCUGGAAUGACAGUAUAUUAGCUGCAUUUUCAUUUGUUUGAUGUUUUUUUCUAUUGGCAUUUAUUUGGAUAUUUAUAUGAUAAUGUUAGAAAGGUGAUUUAGAUUGGCUCAAAAAGUUGUUUUGUCUGGGCACCGUGCACAGAGAUUGAAAUUCAGAAGUUGGCCAGGCAGACAGUGAGGCUUAUAAAUUAACCCCUGAUGUACCAAACUAAAUGCUGGGCUAGAAGCAAGGUGAAAUAAUGUGUGCGUUGAGAGAAAUAUACAAGAUAUGAUUCAGACAGGAACAUGGUAUUCUUAUGGAGGCGCAGUGAUAAUUCUCAGAUGGAACUGUUAGCAAGCAAAUGCAUAGGUGUGUCUGUGACGGCCAAUACAGCACAGCUUGGAACACUGCUCGUCCAAUCAGCAUCCAGGAUCCAAACAACCAGUUUAAUAAUUAAGCAAUAAGGCCAGAGGAGGUGUGCUAUAUGGCCAAUAUAACACAGCUAAGGGCUGUUCUUAUGCACAAUGAAAUGCGGAGUGCCUGGAUUACAGCCCUUAGCUGUGGCAUAUUGGCAAUAUAACACAAACUCCUGAGGUGCCUUACUGCUAUUUUAUACCAUGGCAUUAUUGAAUACUCGUUUCUGAUUGGCUUGAAGGGCUUUCUAGUGUGCAUUAUUUUGCUAUAACGCAAGGACCUGUAUAUCAGCAAGGUAGAAUUCAAUGGCUAAACAAGCAAGUAUGUUUCUUUGGUUACCAAGGCAACUAGUGUAGCUAUCUAUACUGAACAAAAAUAUAUAAACGCAACAUGCAACCAUUUCAAAGAUUUUACUGAAUUACACUUCAUAGAAGGAAAUCAGUCAAUUGAAAUAAAUUCAUUAGGCCCUAAUUUAUGGAUUUCACAUGACUGGGCAGGGCAUAGCCAUGGGAGGGCAUAGGCCCACCCACUGGGAAGCCAGGCUCAGGCAGGCAUAGUUUUCCCACAAAAGGGCUUUAUUAAAGAUAGAAAUACUUCUCAGCACACCCCUCCUCAGAUAAUCCCACAGGGGAAGAAGCCCGGAUGUUGGCUGUGGAGGUCCUGGGCUGAAGUGGUUACACGUGAUCUGCGGUUGUGAGGCCAGUUAGACGUACUGCCAAAUUCUCUGAAGCGAUGUUGGAAGCGGCUUAUGGUAAAGAAAUUAACAUUAAAUUCUCUGGCAAAAGCUCUGGUGCAUAUUCCUGUCGUCAGCAUGUCAAUUGCACACUCCCUCAACUUGAGACAUCUGUGGCAAUGUGUUGUGUGACAAAACUGCACAUUUUAGAGUGGCCUUUUAUUGUCCCCAGCACAAGAUGCACCUGUGUAAUGUCCAUGAUAAUUUAAUCAGCUUCUUGAUAUGCCACACCUGUCCGGUGGAUAAACUGUCCACUUUAAUAAAUGGAACACUAGUCACUGGGGCUCCCGAGUGGCGCUGCUGUCUAAGGCACUGCAUCUCAGUGCUAGAGGUGUCACCCUGGUUCGAUUCCAGGCUGUAUCACAACCGGCUGUGAUUGGGAGUCCCAGAGGGCGGUGCACAAUUGGCCUAGCAUCGUCUGGGUUAUGGUUUGGUCGGGGUAGGCCAUCAUUGUAAAUAAGAAUUUGUUCUUAACUGACUUGCCUAGUUCAAUAAAGGUUAAACAUUUUUUAGAAUAAUAAUGUUUACAUAUCUUGCAUUACUCAACUCAUAUGUGUAUACUGUAUCCUAUACUAUUCUACUGUAUGCCCCUCUGACAUUGCUCGUCCAUAUAUUUAUAUAUUCUUAAUUCCAUUCCUUUACUUAGAUUUGUGUGUAUUGGGUAUAUGUUGUGAAAUUGUUAGAUAUUACUGCUCUGUCGGAGCAAUAACAUAUGCUAAACAAGUAUUUGGUUUUAAAUAUACUUAAGUAUCAAAAUUAAAUGUUAUUGCUAAAAUGUACUUAAGUAUCAAAAGUAAAAGUAUAAAUAAUACAUUCGUUAUUAAGCAAAACAUACGGCACCAUUUUCGGAUAGCCAGGGGCAUCUCCAACAUAAUAUACAAAUUAAGCAUUUAUGUUUAGUGAGUCGGUCAGAUCAGAGGCAGUAGGGAUGACCAGGGAUGUUCUCUUGAUAAGUGUAUGAAUUGGACCAAUUUCCUGUCUAUCGAACGAGUACUUUUGGGUGUCGGGGAAAAUGUAUGGAGUAAGAAAUAUAAAUAGUAAUGUACAGAUACCCCAAAAAACUAAAGUAGAACUUUAAAGUAUUUUUACUUAAGUACUUUACACCACUGUAUUUUUAUUCAGUAUAGUAAACUUGCUACCUACUUCAGUGGAUGUUGAACACAUUUCUACCUGCAAAUGAGUUAAAUUAUAGCCAUGGCAUAAAAAGGAUAAUCAACUCUGCGCUCUAUGGGUUCUCUGUAAAAUAAUGCAACUCUGUUUCAGCCACUCAGCAUUCAAAAAAUUGUCUAUUUUAUAACUGAAAAUGUACAAUUAUUUGUGUAAAACUAACACUGAAAUACGAAUCAGACAUCUCCUGGCUUCAAAACAGAAGUCCAAACUGGCUCGAAACACCCAGUUUAUAAUAGACCGUAUACCAUGUGUAACAGUACUCUUCUUGCGUUGUGUAUAUAUAUUUUUUUAAACCUCACGUCAAAAUCUAACCUAUAUCUAGUACACUGGUGAAACUCACCCUACUUAUAUCUGAUAUAUAUUAGAAUUGCAAAUAAACGAUAACUUUUG